AUGCCUUCAAUUGAACCAUUAUUAAUGCCUCGAUGGUUUUCUUCUAUUGUCAUUCGAUUUCGUUCAAUUGUAUUAAUUAUAUUCACGUUAUUUUUGGAUAUUUUUGAUUUAUUAAAAUCAAUCAUAUUUAAGUUAUUUAUGAAUGAGUUUAUUCAAAACUUAACAAUAUUGAAUCGUUUAACUGACAUUACUGGUCCAUAUGUUGAAGAUUUUCUUGGUAUUAUUACUGGAAGUCAUUAUAGUUUAGUUAAUGUUUCGGAUGAUAGUUUCAGUAUUGGAAGUUCGGCUUGUUACUUAUUUAAACAAAAGAAUAAGAGAGAUUAUAAUAAUCCUGAUAUUUAUGAUAUACUUCAUAUAUAUUUAUCUAAAAUAUUAUAUGAAUCGCCUGAUCGAAUAAAAGAACAAUGUGCGGAUUGGGGAUUUAAUAAAGAAUUAAUUGAAAUAUGUAGUUAUAUUCAAUCUGAUGAUUUAAGAAAAUACACAUAUAUUAUACAAGCAGCUGUAAUUAAACAUGAGGAAUCGAAUACAAUAAUUAUUGCAUUUCGAGGAACACAACCAAUGGCUUUGUUACAAUGGAUGACUGAUGCUUCAACAAAUUUUAUUCCUAUUAAUAAUGUAUUCAAUGACGACGCAAAUAAUAUUAAGACUAAUGAUAAUGAAAUUCAAGUUCAUGCUGGAUUUUAUUAUGCAUUAGGUUUAGAUCAACUUAAACCUUUAGAUAAAAUUGAUUUUAGUAAAGUUACUUCAAAAACACCGAUGUUUAUUCAAUUAUUAAAUUGUAUACAAAAAUUUCAUCGAAAUGAUAAUAAAUUUAAUAUAUCGAUUACGGGUCAUAGUCUUGGAGGUGGAUUAGCCUCAUUAUUUAGUUUUAUUUUAUUAGUCUAUGGUUAUGAAUCGUCAAUUUCUGGUGUUUAUACUUAUGGUCAACCUUUAGUAGGAGAUCAUCGUUAUGCAAAAAUAUUAAAUAAUAAAUUGGGAAAUCGAUUUCAUCGAUGGGUGAAUCAUAGUGAUAUUGUUACACGAAUUCCAGUAGUUCCAUUACCAUCGAUUGCCUGGUAUUAUGCCCAAACUCUAUAUUCAGAUGCAUUGAAAGCUGCAGCAAAGAGUAGUCAAGUAGAAUCUAAUCCAUCCGAUCAACAUUAUUAUCAUUCAGGAUUAAGAUUUAAAAUUGACAAUCAAGGAAAUUUAGUAAGACAAAACUUAAUUGAUCAAGGACCAAUACUUGCAUUCGAGGAUAGACUUGAUUUAUUUCAUUUUAUUUAUUCGAUUGUUAAUGUUAUUCAUUCAUUAUGCUUUAUAACACCAUUAAGAAGUUUUUUGUGGUUGACUACUCCUGUUGAAAUAAAUGAUCAUUUUCCUGGUGAUUAUGCAAGAAAGAUUAAAAAUAUUGUUAAAAAAAUUAAUGAACAACAAUGA